UGUGUUUCUGUUUUAACUUGCAGAUUUUGGAUCUUUGUUUGACUUGGAAAAUGAUCUUCCUGAUGAGCUGAUCCCCAAUGGCGAGUUGGGCCUUUUAAAUAGCAGUGGGAACCUCGUUCCAGAUGCAGCUUCCAAACACAAACAACUUUCUGAACUUCUAAGGGGAGGCAGCGGCUCUUCCUUAAACCCAGGAAUUGGAAAUGUGAACUCAAACAGCCCUGUCCAGCAGGGAGUCGGGAGUCAAGUGCAGGGGCAGCCGAACAGUGCGAGUAUCGGCAAUCUGGGUGCUAUGGGUAAGAGCCCAUUAAACCAGGGAGACUCUUCUGCUUCAGGCCUGGCAAAGCAAGUUGCCAGCACCUCUGGACCUACCACACCUGCAUCACAAACACUGAACUCUCAAGCACAAAAACAAGUGGGGAUGGUGACGAGCAGCCCUGCAACAUCACAGACUGGACCUGGAAUAUGUAUGAAUACUAAUUUCAGUCAGACACACCAGAGCCUUCUCAACAGUAAUUCUGGUCACAGUUUAAUGAAUCAGCCUCAGCAAGGACAAGGGCAGGUAAUGAAUGGAUCUCUUGGGGCAGCUGGAAGAGGAAGGGGAGCAGGAAUGCAAUAUUCUGCCCCUGCCAUGCAGGGGAAUGCAGGCAGUGUGCUGGCAGAGACUUUAACCCAAGUGUCUCCACAGAUGGCUGGUCACACCGGGCUGAACACAGCACAGACAGGAGCAAUUACAAAAAUGGGAAUGGCAGGUAACACCAGCCCCUUUGGGCAGCCUUUCAGUCAAACUGGAGGGCAACAGAUGGGAGCAACGGGGGUGAAUCCUCAGUUACCAAACAAGCCGGGCAUGGCCAACAGUUUGUCUGCCUUCCCUGCUGACAUCAAGAGUACUCCAGUCACCAGUGUGCCCAAUAUGUCCCAGAUGCAAACUCAAGUACAGCAAGUGGGGAUUGUACCAACACAGGCCAUGGCAACUGGGCCAACAGCAGACCCGGAGAAGCGCAAACUGAUCCAGCAGCAGCUGGUUUUGCUGCUUCAUGCCCACAAAUGUCAGAGGCGUGAGCAGGCCAACGGAGAGGUGCGAGCCUGUUCUCUGCCACACUGCCGAACCAUGAAGAAUGUCCUCAACCACAUGACGCACUGCCAGGCUGGGAAGGCCUGUCAAGUUGCUCAUUGUGCUUCUUCAAGACAAAUCAUCUCCCACUGGAAGAAUUGUACUCGGCACGACUGUCCUGUGUGCCUUCCCUUGAAAAAUGCCAGUGACAAGAGAAACCAACAGCGUGAGUAGUUUUCUGUCACAAUG